AAGUAACAAUAAAACAAUACAUUCUAAAAAAAAAAAAAAAAAAAAAAAAAAAACAAUACAAUCGGAAACCGAAGAAAACAACCCUACCUCUAUGCCAUCUGAUCUCUCUAACCCUAUCCCUCUGUUCUAUCCUCAUUUCAGCCGCUCCCCUUUCUUCCCUUUCUUUAUUCUCCAUGGGAAUACCUGUGUUUUCCCCUUCUUCAUGGCCGCCGCCGGUAGCCCUUCUCCUGCGGCUGCCGUUGUCUCGCUGGCUCCAUGUUUCUCUGUCUAUUGCCGGAUAGCUCUCCUCCCUCUCCUCUUCCCGGCGUGGUCGAGUUGCUCAUCUCUCUGCCUCAUCCUCUGCGGUUUUUGGGGUAAGUCCGAAUCAUUCAAAGUCCUUUUCUUUUAUUGUUCUUGUCGCUUAAAGAUUGAUUUGGUUGAAGAUGUCUACAAAGUUGCAAUCUUUUGGUUUUGUUGUUAGAUCUAAUUGAUGGAAUUGUUUUUUUUUUCAUUGAGUUUUUUUGUUGGGUCCAAGAUGAUUUGGUGGAGAUAGGGUUUAUUUUGGUGUUGUGAUUUGGUUUCUUCGCCUCGUAAAAUAAUUUAUCUAUUACCAUUUGAUUUCCUCUUUUUGAAUCGAUUGGUUAGGCUUAGUUAUGGGGGCAAAGUUAUGAACUUUGAUUGGUUUCCUUGUCGGAUCGAAGCUGUGAUGAAAAUUGCCUCUUCUUGUUGUUUGCCUCUGAUUCUGUUCAUGUUUUCAAAGGCGAGGGAUGAAUGUCUUCCUGGUUCGUUGUACCAAAUCAAAAGACUUGACUUGACCCUUUGUUUCUAGAUCUCUUAGUGUUCUCUCAGAAGGGUCUUUCCUAUGGAUCUUGUUUGAUCUGGAUCUUGCUCUAAUAGUUUGUUGCUCUUACACAGGCUAAUGGGUAAUCAUCAAUGAAAUGAGCUCUCGAAGACGAGCUCGCGCUGAACCUGAAUCCUUUGAUCAAAGCCAAAGGUUUGUAUCUCAGUCAUUUUCCUCGUUCACUGCUCUUUUGAUUCGAAUAAGCUUUUCCCGAGAGUAGGAAUUGUGAAAAUACAACAAAUUGCAACGAUUCUGAUAUCGUUUUCUGGGUUUGAAUCAACAUCCUACCGUUAGUCCAACCCACUGGGAAAUUCGGAUAUACGCAUCAAAACGAGACUUAAGCUGUAUUCGAUGCUCUAAGUUGAUUUAAGUGGGAUACCUUCGUCUAUAGGAAUGUCUAAGAUAGUAAGAUAGCUACAUCGAUAGGGAUAGGGACACUCCGGUCUUCUUGUUCCAUCCUUGUACGACCUGCAUCGAUAGGGAUAGAGACACACAAUCAAUGUAACAGUCAAGCCUCAUGUAAAAUGAACUUGACAAAACGAUGUAUAAAGUGAAUGACUAAUAACCUUUAGUAUUCUAACUAAGAAAAGAGUUACAAAAUUAUUAACGAUAACAAAAAAAUAGCAAAUGUUUUGAUAUAUUACAAAAUAUUUGGCUAAUAUUUGUACUUCGAAAAGCUUUGCAAUAAGCAUUACUAACAAAAUUACUAACAAAAUUACUAAUGGAUUCUUGCUAUGUUACUAACAAAGGCUACUGCUGCCAUACCACAAGGUAGUCCCACUUAUUACCAACCAUUAGCCUAGUGUUAAAUCCUCGUUAAAAGUUUUGUUAGUAAUGCUUAUUGCAAAGCCUUUCGAAGUACAAAUAUUAGCCAAAUAUUUUGUAAUAUAUCAAAACAUUUGCUAUUUUUUUGUUAUCGUUAAUAAUUUUGUAACUCUUUUCUUAGUUAGAAUACUAAAGGUUAUUAGUCAUUCACUUUAUACAUCGUUUUGUCAAGUUCAUUUUACAUGAGGCUUGACUGUUACAUUGAUUGUGUGUCUCUAUCCCUAUCGAUGCAGGUCGUACAAGGAUGGAACAAGAAGACCGGAGUGUCCCUAUCCCUAUCGAUGUAGCUAUCUUACUAUCUUAGACAUUUCUAUAGACGAAGGUAUCCCACUUAAAUCAACUUAGAGCAUCGAAUACAGCUUAAGUCUCGUUUUGAUGCGUAUAUCCGAAUUUCCCAGUGGGUUGGACUAACGGUAGGAUGUUGAUUCAAACCCAGAAAACGAUAUCAGAAUCGUUGCAAUUUGUUGUAUUUUCACAAUUCCUACUCUCGGGAAAAGCUUAUUCGAAUCAAAAGAGCAGUGAACGAGGAAAAUGACUGAGAUACAAACCUUUGUCUUAGAUCAAAGGAUUCAGGUUCAGCGCGAGCUCGUCUUCGAGAGCUCAUUUCAUUGAUGAUUACCCAUUAGCCUGUAUAAGAGCAACAAACUAUUAGAUCAAACAAGAUCCAUAGGAAAGACCCUUCUGAGAGAACACUAAGAGAUCUAGAAACAAAGGGUCAAGUCUUUUGAUUUGGUACAACGAAUGAGGAAGACAUUCAUCCCUCGCCUUUGAAAACAUGAACAGAAUCAGAGGCAAUUCUCAUCACAGCUUCGAUCCGACAAGGAAACCAAUCAAAGUUCGUAACUUUGCUCCCAUAACUAAGCCUAACCAAUCGAUUCAAAAAGAGGAAAUCAAAUGGUAAUAGAUAAAUUAUUUUACGAGGCAGAGAGACGAAUAAACCAAAUCACAACACCAAAAUAAACCCUAUCUCCACCAAAUCAUCUUGGACCCAUCAAAAAAACUCAAUGAAAAAAAAAACCAUUCCAUCAAUUAGAUCUAACAACAAAACCUAAAGAUUGCAACUUUGUAGACAUCUUCAACCAAAUCAAUCUUUAAGCGACAAGAACAAUAAAAGAAAAGGACUUUGAAUGAUUCGGACUUACCCCAAAUCAUCUUGGAUCCGCAAUCGCUCUACAAUGACGACAUCCGCUUCAGCGUGCUCCACAGCCAACCAACAUAGGCCAGCAGAUCGGGCCUGAGUUGGCGUGAUGUCGGUUUCGAUAGUAAGGCAGCCAGCUCUCUUAUGUUCAUUUCCUUCCUGGUUUUCUUAGUGUUUUCUGAAUGUGGCUCAGUGAUUAGCCUCAAUGCACAAGUCAAAGCCGUUGAUGCUGCUGCUAGGGUGGUCAGGGAUGACUUAGCUUGACUAAUUAGGCACACUACCCUACAGGGCUUAAGUUUGGGUUCACAUUAGGGCAAUGGACAACACUUGUGAGGUCUUUUCUGUGUGCUUUCACUCCAGUAAUACCCGGUAGACUCGCUAGUGGCUAAGUUAGUCAUUUAUGAUUGAGCCACUCGACACAUGACUGCUUCUAGUUCUUGGGGUUCUCUGCUUCAGUUGGGCGUGUGUUCGUUCGAUGUUUGGUGGAGCUUAGUUCACAUGUUGAAUGGUUUAGCCCAUUCGUUUCUUUGUUUGUUUUAAGUAUGGAUUCUUCUAGCAAGAUGAAUCUGCACUCUUUAAUUAAGUUGUCAAUGUUCAUUAACAUCUCCACAUUGCUUGAUUCUCAAUAAACUUGGGGGGCAUCUAUAAGAGAGCAGGAAAGUUUGGAUUUCUUGCUGGACUCUCAAUCAACAUGGGGAAUCGGUACUCCUACUUCGCAUCAUCAAGGCCGAAUUUGUUGUGUGCUUAUUCUUUUUGGGUUUCUGUCUUUCUCUGUUGUCAAUCGCUUUAUGGAUAUUGGUAAUUGAUUCCUUGUUUAAUUAAUUAUUCCAAGGUUUGAUUAAUUGCUAGAGCAUCAUUCAGACAAGAUUUUCUUUUUGGCCAAGUCUUUUGUGUCUGUCAUUUUAGAUCUCAUGCGAGUUUCAUCUCCGUCAACCAGUUUUGUUUUUGAUCGAAUUUAGGAAAAUGUUCGUCAAUCAGGGUCUGAUUUGCCACUUGCUUUUUAAUUUGGAUGCAUGAGUUUUUGACUGGGUUGUUGUUUCUCUCAAUUGAAUGAUUCACAUUCUACAAGUUUCUGUUGUUUCUUUCAUUAGACAAAACAUGCUUGCGAAGAUUGAACUUACUCUGAGUUGUUUCAACCAGACACUGCCAAGAAUUGAUAUUUUGUCAAUCAACAAGAGAAUGAACAUGUAUUUUGCUUUUCCGGUAACUAGCUUUCAUUAAAGGUAACUCCAAUGUAUUUGGCAAAUGGGAUGUUCCUUUCAUUAAUUAUGUGCAUUUCGUUUCUUCUGAGUUAGUGUUUGUCUUUCAGAAAAUUUCGGUGAGACAGUAAAAUGAUUUGUUUUCUUUCUUCCUCAGCUUAGCCAAUAGCUGGCUGGUGAAUGUAGAAUUUAUCCGGUUCCCUUAAUCAGUUACCUUGUAUGUGAUCGUGUGACCUUGUUAUGUUUUGCUCUUUGUUCCUUUGCACCCUCCGAUAUUCCGUUCCUUGCUUCUCUUUCUGGAGUGUUACUGUUUCAGCCCUCUUGUUACUCAAAGUGGUUCUGCUGUAUAAGGGGCAUCGAAUUGCGAUUGUAUUAACUUAUGAAUCCUUCAAAAUUUUUGCAGCCACGAAUAACUGGUUUGUAUGUCGGAGGAGAGAGAUGUCGGUAGAACGAAGCAGGGGCUAUAUUUUUCAAUCUGGUGAUGCAGCAGUCAAUGUUGAAGUUGGAGAUUAUUGCUUCAUUUAAGAGCUCAAGGAAAGUACCCAGGUGCCUAUCCUAUAAUGGCUGGUUAUUCUGGGGAGGAUUAACGCAAGGGAUAAGCAGUUGAAAUGAGGUAAACUAACUGACAGCUCUUGUCCUCUUUGCCCUUUUUAUUUGGAAUCAAGGGAGCACAUUUUCUUUUGCUGUAGCUAUUCAGAUAUUUUCUAGUGUAUUUCGACGUCAAGUAAGUGGAAGAGGGGAUUGGUUCUGUAAUCUGGAUUCUGUUUGUCAGUUGGCGCGGACUAGAACCGUAUAGCUGGCAGAUUGGUAGGUAUAUAUGGAAGGAUAUAUAUGGUGGUUCUUCCAUGGUCACAUCCUGCCUUGAUUCUCCAGGACUUGCUAAUUCACUUGCUAACUCUCUACAUCCUUCUUGCCACAUGUGCUGUGGCUUGCAAUUAGUAGUCUAUUCUUUUUCCAGAUUGACUAAAAAGGUUUCUUUGAUGAAGCACAUAACUAAGGAAGAAGAAGAAGAGGGAUCGGGCGGUAUAAAAAAAUGAGCAGUUUACCAAUCUGGCAAUGCCUCUACUCCUCAGCUUAUAUAAUCUUUCUGCUUUUCGGUUUUUAUAUCAAGCGUUUGCUGCUAUUUACUAUUUCAGACCUUAGCAGGUUUAAAAUCAAAGUACUGUUGCAAU